AUGGUUGCCAUUGUGGAUAGCAUAAACCUUCGACCGAAAGGUCUUGGAGUUCGCCAUGUCCAAACACUUCUACUCUUCAUGGCUAUGUUCUUAGCUUAUAGUAUGCGCGUAAAUAUCAGUAUGGCCAUAGUCGACAUGACAAAUAAGAAAAAUGACACGUAUUUCGACUGGAGUUACAGCAUACAAUCAAUGAUCCUUUCAUCGUUUUUCUGGGGCUACGUGGUGCUGCAGAUUCCUGGUGGUAUUCUAGCUAGAAGGUUUGGAGGAAAAGUGCUUAUAACGAUAUCUGUAUCCGUUAACUCUUUGAUCUCUCUUCUCAUGCCGAUUCUGGCUCAAGCAGGUGGAUGGCAAAUGGUUUUAGUAUGCAGAACUCUGCAAGGACUUACUCAAGCGUUUGUCUUUCCAUCUAUGCACCAUCUCGUUAGUCAAUGGGUCCCUCUAGAAGAAAAGGGAACGCUGACUACUAUUAUUUAUGCUGGUGCCCAACUUGGUAUCGCCCUGCAGCUUAUUGCAGCAGGUUUCCUCGCAGAAGCCUGGGGUUGGCAAGCGAUAUUUUACACUGAUGGAGCGCUAGGAUUAAUAUGGACUAUUGUUUAUUUGUUUAUUGGAGCAAGUGGGCCAGAGGACUCGAAAUGCAUAUCAGCCGAAGAGUCACUUUACAUAAGGACUUCAUUAGGAAGAGUGGGAGAACCAAAGAUGCUGAAAACACCGUGGUCCAAGAUUCUACUUUGUUUGCCCUUCUGGGCAGCGGUAGUAGGUCAUUGUGGACAAAACUGGGGUUUCUUCACUCUCAUGACUGAAAUGCCAACGUAUAUGGCCAAAGUUCUUGGCAUGGAUUUAAAACAGAACGGUGAACUAUCUUCACUGCCAUAUUUAGCGAUGUACGCCUUAAGCUUCCCUAUGGGAAUCAUGACUGACGUUAUUGUGCGGAGGAAAUGGCUAAGUGUUUCCAAUACAAGAAAACUUUCAAAUACAAUAGGUCUUUGGGGUCCGGCGGUGGCUUUAAUUGGUCUGUCUUACAUUCCCGAGGGAAACAUGACAUUGGCAGUGUUGAUGCUAACCGUCUCAGUUGGUGUCAAUGCAGGUCAAUACACCGGUUAUAUGUUGGUACUGAACGAUUUAGCGCCUAACUUUAGUGCAAAUCUGAUGGGUGUUUCCAACUUCUUCGCGAAUAUCAUUUCUAUCAUUGCUCCUCUGGUAUGCGGAGGCAUCAUUCAAGACGAGUCUGACCCGGGCGAAUGGCGUAAAGUAUUCUUCUUGGCUUCAGCUGUCUACUUCUUUACCAAUUUGUUCUUUAUCUUAUUUGCGACAUCAGAAAGACAAUCUUGGAACGAAGAGGAAGAUAAUGAUAUCGAAACAAAGGAACAAGAAAUAAAAGAAAAGUGA